AUGGGUCCUGGAAAUGAUAAUGGUCUCUUGCUUUCCGUGAAUCGAUCUAGUAAUGAGGAAAAUGUUGUGAUGCCACCUAUACGUCCCUCGAUUACUCAUACUUCUUCGAUUCUUGAAAUCCCUUCAAUUACUCAUAUUCCUUUGAUAACCCAAAUUCCCUCGUCUGUUCGUUUUUCAUCGACUAGUCCAGAUUCUUCUGUGUCUAUACCAGGUGUUGUGAAACCCUUGUCUGAUUCUGAGAAGCCUCUGAUGACGAAUAUUCUUAUGCCAUCAACGAGGAAGCAGCAGGCGGGAAAUGAGAGCAAUACAGUACAGAAUAAUAUGAAGGUGUCUGACAAAGGGCAGUUGGGUGUUACAAAAGAGGGGAAAGGAAAGGGUGUUAUUAAGGAAAUGCCCAAGAGUGGGUGGAUGAAGGAGUUUAAGCAGAAAAAUGUGGCUAAUGAUGUGGAUAUUGUGAAUAGUUUUGGCAUUCUUGAGGAACAGCAGGAGCAAGAUCCGCUUACUAAUGUGGGACUUGGUGCAUGCUCUGGGAAGAAUUUGGAUUCUGAACAUGGGAAUGAACCUGAGGAGGUGUUAUUGGAUAUAGGAGGUAAUGAAGGGAAGAGUGUGGAUGUGCAUGAUGGUGAUGGUGAAGUUAUUAUGGAAAAGAAUCAGGAGGUGGAUGUUGUACUGGUGGGACAAAAAAUUAUGCAUGAGCAGGACCAUGAGUGUGAUAAGUGUGAUGUGGAAAGGGAGGCUCAGACAAAGAUAGUUGAGACUCCUUUGAAUAAGAUUGGGAGAGUGCAUGAUGAAGUAGGAGUAUGCAGGGUGAAUAGACAAUUCUCUUCCUCAUUAUGCUCCAAGGACAGGAUUGAAUACUCUAUGGACGAUGAUGUAGGGUUAGAAAGGAGGACAGAUCCCCCAGAUAAGGGAUACAUGUCUGACAGGGAAGCUCAGAUUUCGAAAGAAGAAACAGGAGUUUCAGGGAGGAGUUGGAAGAGGAGGAAUCUGAUUCCAAUGCCUUGA